AUGUGGUAAAAGUUUAUGCCAUAUAGUAAGAGUUCUUGGUAGGGUAUCAUCUGUAGACAAAUUCUAUAGACUAACCUUGACUGAAGCAGUACUGCUGAUCUGCCUGCUGGGAUUCAGAAGUUGUCUGAAACAGUCCUAGAGCUGCUGGCAAUUCCUUCAGAAAACCUGUGGAGAAUAGAGGAAUUUUCUUCAGAAGACAGGAAAAGAAAAGCACAGUGCCUGUCUCUAAGCGAAGUGGAAAAAGAGGCGCUUGGAAACUGUGAGCACUAAGACUUGCUUCAAUACUUGGAAAAAUACUGGAAUCAACAAUCAAAAAUCUGUUUUCAAGCACCUAGAAGACAACGCAGUGGGGAGAAAUGACCAACCGCAGUGAGGAAUGCGACUUUACUAGCAUCGACAGCUUAGCAAAGACUCUCCAGUUCGGGAUCUCCAUCCCCACCUUCAUUCUUGGCUUGGUUCUCAACACCUUGGCCCUCUCCAUGUUCUGCUGCUUUUGGAAGAAACAGACCAAAACCUCGGUCUACAUGAUCAAUCUUGCAAUUGCAGAUGACCUGCUGCUUCUCUCGCUCCCUCUCAAGCUGUAUUACUCUGUUGCAGAAGCGCCCGGGCUCCUGUGUGCAUUCAUUGAGUCUCUGUACUUUGUCAAUAUGUAUGGCAGUAUCUUCAUUAUUGUCUGCAUUACUGUUGACAGAUACAUCUGCAUAAGGCACCCCUUUGAAGGCCGAGCUAACCAGUCCCCUAAGUGGGCAAUCUUGAUCUGUUGCUUCAUUUGGGCAACAGUCUGGCUUUGCAGCAGCCCAAUGUAUGUGUUUCACAAGGACGAGAAUUUAAAGUGCUUUCACAACAUGUCAGAACAGGCCUGGAGCAUCCCCCUCAUUGUUUCUGUGGAGAUUUUUGGAUUUCUGAUCCCACUCUCAGCGAUGGUUUUCUGCUCUGCUCAAAACAUCUCUGUUCUUCUGAAUCAAAAAAGCAGAGAUAAAAAGAAAGAAGAUGAUAGAGGCUCCUUACGAGUCAUUACCAUUAACCUCGUGGUAUUUUUGGUGUGCUUCACACCAGUCCAUCUUGGGAUCUGCCUACAGUGCCUGGUAAGACAGCACGUCAUAGAAGACUGCAGUCUGAAACAAAACAUCAGCCUCUUCAUUCAGGUGUCAAUGAUAUUUGCCAACCUGAACUGCUGCCUGGAUGCCAUCUUUUAUUACUUUGCUGCAAAAGAAUUUCGUGAGAAAACGAACAUGAAGAACAUUAUUGAGCUAUGUCCUGUCUUUAAGCCUUGUGCUACAAGACAGGAUUGCCUGCAGUGGAAGAACAUCUCUUCCUCGGCUCCCACUUGCCUUGCAGGACUCUGAGAGUGUAAUCCCUGACACAGUAGUAGGGUCACCCUGGCCACAGCAGGGAAGGUGAAGGAGGAGGAAGGACAGCAUUUUUCUGGUGAAUGUGAACCUGCUCCAUAUUUUUCUUCCCAUUAAUGGUGAAAGGGGGAAAGUGCUGGAAAAAAAAUAAUUUAUUGUCCUUCAUCUUGAUGGUAUCUGUUAAAAUGUGAAAAGCUUGCCAGAGUAAAACAACACAAACCAUCAGAAUGCCACUUAAAAUCAGCCUUCACCACCACUGCACCAGUUUUCCUUUUGCCAACAUGAUCAGAAACUUGCUAGGGCCAGUCAAAAAUAGAAAUAACUAUUUCAAACCUUCUUUCUAACUUAGAAGGUAACCGAGAGUUAAAAGGCAACAUAGGGCCAAAAGUCUGACUCUGUUCUUUGCAUCUGUAAACCUGACAUAAGAUUACCAUCAGAAGUCUUUCGGUGUGAACAGCUUGGCCAGCCUGUUGUAAUAUUGAACCAUACCUCCCAUAAGCAUUAUACGCCAGUCUGGGCCAUUACUGAGGACAGCAGCCCCUGUUCCGCCAAAUGGAGGACAGCUUGCCCAGUAUACGACCCUGAGCAAUGUACAUUUGUGAUUAUCUAUGCGGAGGAAUCAGCACAGUUUUCUCCAGCAAUUUUAAAACUGGCUUUGUACAUGGAAAACAAAAGAACUGCUUCAAAUACUGCAUUUAUUGAAAGAUCCCGCAUGAUGAACUGUGGGUAAUCAUCACUAUAUUUAUGCCAAAGAUAUAAUAUGAUAGAUGCAUUAAAGUUUUUUUGGCUGUCUUCUCAUGCUUUCUUGGAGGGCAGGAAUUAGGAAGCAAUCAUAGCAUCCCAGAAAAAUAGGCUGGGACCACCCAUCUGAUAAACUCCUGUCUCCUAGCCAUGAGACAGGAUCAGCUCCAUCCACCUCAUUCCUCAGAGAAGCCUUCCUAAUUCUGCUUUACAAACCACUGGAGACAGAUGUCUCACAACCUUUCUCUGUCAGCUCUGCUGAUAUUUUGCCGUUAUACCAUGCGUAAGUUUGGCCCUGAGUUUAAACUAAAGCCUUUCUUGUUGCAAUUUAAGCUUACUAUUUCUUCUACCAUGAUAUUGGUACGAUUCAUGCUGCCUUAGCCAGAAACAUUUUCACAUGAAGAAAUCUAUCUUUAUGCCUUUUAAAAACAGCUGUAAAAAUCAUUUAAGAUUGCUCAGAACCAGGUCUUUGUUCCAGAGUGGAUGUUCUAUUUAUUCAAAAUGUGAAAAGAAAUUGGCUUCUGUCUGGAGCAAAGAAAGAAAGGGGUGGGGGGGCUAGUUUACUAGUUUUGAAAAUAGAAUUUGCAGUCAAUUGAUUUCUGUACAAAUUACUGACUGUGCAAGUGGGAAGCUGCACAUAACUAACGUGUGAAUGUUUUAAAACUUGUCAGUACUAAAAGCAUGACCACAGUUCAGGCAAGAAGGAGUUCAGGGGAAAAGAAAGGUUUUUAUCAUCAUCUUCACCAUUAUCUGCAGAGUAGCAAGAGGAAGAGCUUUCCAAUACAGUAGGUUCUCAAAAUAUUAUUUACUACUGUCUCGAUCAUUCAGAAACCUGCAGCCUUUUCUGUAUGAGUUAGCCUUUCUUUUCGCAGCUUUGAUAUUAAUUUGCAUCUGAAAGGUAUGUGGGAGAAAGAACAUGUUCUACCAAACAAACUGUAUACAUGAGCUGUGUGAUUUUAAAAUAUAUUUUAAUUCCUC